AUGUCUGAGGGAAAGAAAAUGUCAUCGAGCCGCAGGCAUCAUCUCAAGAGUCUGAUGCUGCAGGUUGCUGCUCACUGGCUGCAUGAGGAAGCUAAAGAACUCACAGCCACCAAAGAAGCCUACGUUGCAGAGAGAUGCCCCUCUCUUGACCUGAGCGGAGACCAGGCGGCUCUGAUGGAAGUCUGCAAAAAGCUGCACCAGGCCCUCGACCGGAUCGACGAGGAAAGAUACGACGCUGAGGCCAAAGUGGCAAAGACAAACCAAGAGAUCGAGAACCUGAAGAUGAAGGUGACUGAGUUGGCCGGAGUAAAGAAACCCGCCCUGAAGAAGGUGCGUAUGUCUGCCGACGCCAUGCUCAAAGCUCUGCUGGGCUCCAAGCACAUGGUCAACAUGGACCUGAGAGCCAACCUGAAGCAGGUCAAGAAGGAGGUCAAAGAGGAGGCUGUCGAAGCGGUGGGUGACUGGCGGAAGAACAUUGAGGACAAAGCUGACAGGAAGAAGAUGUUCGAGUUUUCUUAA